UUUUCCUCGUCUCCUUCAAUCACCAGAAGCCGAUGGGAUACUCAAUUAUGGCUCGGAGCCUCGGUUUCGUUGUCGUUUGUCUAUUGCUAAGCCUCUGGGCAUGCUCUUCUAUUGUCUCCUCCGAUGAACUGGUCUUUGUGGUGGGUGAAACUGGCGCACUGCAAGUGACUCCUAGUAUAGAAGUGACCGGCUCUCCUGGACUGAAGCCUGGUAAAGCGGUGCUCUGCGAGAGGAUAUAUAUUCGUGGACUUAAGAGGUUUAAACACAUGGAAAAAUAUGCGCAUUCACUGAAGCUGAGAGUUGCACAUAAUGCUUCAACCGGUGGAAGAACAAGUGUAGAUGUUUGCUUCCAUAGGAAUUCAUCACGUGCAGUAGGAAUGUGCCCCCAAGGUCAGUGGGACAAAGUUUCGAAGGGAUCAUGGGUUCAGAUCAUGUCACCCUUUGACCACAAGAUCCUUGAUAUUCGAGUAUCUGGCUCAUCCAAUGUGACUCUGCAUUUAUCUGCAGAAGAAGAAUUUUUCAUGUACCGUGUCAUAUUCUUAAUCUUGGGUAUCGUGUUGCUGGCUUCGGCUUCUACCCUGAGCCGAUCAUUAUCGUUUUACUACAGCAGUGCCAUGGCUGUUGGGAUCAUCCUUGUUGUAUUAGUUGUCCUUUUUCAGGGGAUGAAGCUUCUCCCAACUGGAAGGAAGAGUUCGCUUGCAUUAUUCUUAUACUCGUCCCUGGUUGGGGUGGGAGGUUUCCUUCUUCGCUACAUUCCCGGGUUAAUUCAAUCUCUGCUCAUGGAGAUGGGUAUCAAUGAAGAUAUGUACACUCCUCUGGCUGUUUUCCUGGGUGCAUUUCUUUCGCUAUCUGGAGCAUGGUUAGGAUUUUGGAUUGUCAGGAAACUUGUUCUGACAGAAGACGGUUCCAUUGACAUUAGCACAUCACUCUUUGUUUCUUGGUCCAUUCGGAUUUUGGCUGCGGUCAUGAUUCUUCAGAGCUCGAUCGAUCCCAUACUUGCUGGAGGGGCACUAAUAUCGGGAAUAUUCGUGUCAUCACUGCUAAAGACGGUCACAAGAUUAAAGUUCCUGAGACGCCUGUUCAAGAAACUGUUGAAAUUAUUAAAACAAAUGUGGGAGGGAAUUCGUAAUGCUGAUGUGCCACCCAUCCGGGAAUCUCUUCUGGAUGGUACUGAAUAUCUCCAAUCCGGCUCUCACCAUGUUCGAUUUGCUACACCUCCCAGAGGAACCGGGAGAAUGAUGGAAAGAUCGCCAUCUGAUUCAGAUAGUUUCCCGUCGUCCUUCCAUAAAACACCCGAGCAGAGGAAAUUAAAGAAAGAAGAGUGGGAGAAAUUCACGAGGGAGAGCACGGAAAAAGCGGUGAAGGAACUGGUUUCUUCACCGGCUUUUGGGCAAUGGGCCGCGACCAAUGCGGAUAGGAUUUCGGUAACUCCGAGAACAGGCUCUUCCAGUGGCGCUGCUGCUUCAGUCCGGCGCCGGAGGUGGCUCCCAUGGUUCUCAAGCAAUCAGUGAGCAAACUUCAACUAAAGGAGAGAGAGAGACAACUAAUGUAGCUUGUAGUGUUUUAAUCUCAUUUUUCUUUUCUGGGUUUGAAUUGUUAGGUCUUUUAGAGAAGUGUCAUUGUUGUAAUAUCUUAAUCAUGUUAGCUUUCAUGUGUACAGAUAUCAAUGAGCACAUAGAAGUUGUAAACCCAUUUAUGGCUUGCACAUUUACUUAUGAAACCCAUCAUGAAAAGGCCAUCUUUGAUU